GAACGCGAACACUCUCAACCUUUCGAGCCGGGUUGGACGUGACGACGAACCCCCGUCGAGGCCUUCCGUUGCUGGACCAAAUCAAAGGCUUGGGGUUCACCAUGGAGUCAAGCCACGCAGAAGAUGUCGACUAUGGCAGAGUUGUCGCCAUCCGAAAAACUGGCGAAGAUGCUGGAUUUAUGCGCAUCACUCAAUCCGAUUUCACUAUCGGAAGAGAUUUGAGCUGCGACAUCAAAAUUCGCCUCCUCACUGUGAGCAGAGUUCACGCAGUACUACAGGUGGACAAGAAGACUCGCAGAGUGACUGUAACUUGCCGAAGCCCACAGGGUCUUUUGGUGAAUAAGGAAACUAUAGCUUUGCAAAGAAAAGUUUUGCUCAAAAAUGGGGAUGUCAUUGACAUACAAGGCCGACGAUUUCGCUUUGAGAAUUCAACUGGUGUCCCAUCCACAGGAUUUGCGCAUGACUCCCGACAAACAAACAAUGCGCUGUCCGGUUCACCCCUUCACAUUUUUCCCGCGGAAGAAUUGGAAUUCCAACGACCAUGUGCAUCAGUUGCUACAAAAUCUCUUUCUGUGACCAAUACCUUGUCGGAUGCAUCGAUAUACAUUAACGUCAAGACCAAUGCUCCAGACCGCUACCGAAUCUCCCCAGCUACUGGAUCCAUAGCUCCAGGAGAUACUCUCAACAUACUGAUUUCCUUGCAUAUACAUGAGGGACCUACUGAAAGUGACGUUUCGAUGGAUAACGUGACGGUUAAAGGCAUCAAGGUGCCGGCGGACUGUGUAGAUCUGGGUGGCGAAGAUUUGGCAGGAAAGCUACAAGAUUUGCUGCAGCGGGCGCAGGAACUGGGGGAAAGUUCUUCAAAAGCACAAUCAGACAGUCUACUGGAGAGGACGUUGAAAUGCGUUUAUGUUGAUCGUGCGACUGAUGUGAAUGUCGCAGGGACAAGUGGAACCCCGUCUGAGGCAAAAGCGCAAGUGGGAAGAAAGGAAACUGCCAAUGGGGAGCUAAUGGCGUCUAAAAGCAUUGCGACUGCUGCUGACGACCCAGCACCACGACGGAUCGACCGCUCACGUGCCCGCAAAACACUUUCAGCGAGCAGCCUUCCAACUCUCAUUAAAACUGGAGCUGCUCGUUCCGUACGCCCUGCAACAAAAUCCACGCUCCAAAAUACAUCCACAUCCACUGAUGGGUCUUUUUGGCAGCAAAUGGACAAAGUACUAACCGCCACCAAUCAGCCAGUCAAGCCGCCUCAAGCGACGGGCAAGACCAACACUCCAAACUCCCGGCGUCAGGGUGUAGCCGCCGGUGCGAAGAGUGUGCCCGCUAAAGAACAGAGGCGGGGAGCUGCCGGGGUUACGGCUCCUCGACGCGCCUCAACUUUAUUUGGUUACGCGGUGCAUCCGUCUUUGAAAGAUCUGAGCCUUGCGGACAGUGAGCCCACGCUGAGGAGCAUAACCAACGCGAAGCCUACUGAUCACCCGAUCCCUCCCGAAAAUAAGUCAUGCGAUGAUAAGCGCAAAUCGCCGCCAAGUUCUCCUUCCCACACCGGCGACGAACGUGAACCUGCUGAUUCAGAUACAAGCCUUUCCACAAAAGCAACCACUUCGGACAGCACUCCAAAGCGUCUACCUUCCACCAAGCCGCCCAGCCCUCUGCCGAAAGCGGUCGAUACAGUGGAGCAUGCGACGAGUCCGACAGCAAAGGUGUUGACACAAUCGCCCACAUCUACCGGUGAUACACCUCCGAGAAAGAGUCCAGAAGAUGUCCCCGAAGAUCAACCGUCAACCUCUCCCUUUGUUCCGAUAUCGAAUCCUCUAAUUGUCCUCGAGGGUCAGGCUGCCGAGGAGAACCUCCAGGACGCUAAGCGGGAAGAGAGCGACAACGUCUCUCUUCUCAACGCAAACCUGUCCCCGGACGAGGUUAUUCCCGACGGUACACUUGCGCAGGAGACCCCCGCUACCGACAGAAUCCAGGAGAUUGAAGUAGACGACGACGACAAAAAUCCAUCGUGCUCGCAAGAGACUGAUGAGCACGCGAACCAGGCUGACGAGGGCUCCGCUGCCUUAACUCCUCCGGUAAGCGAUCUGCUCACGCCUGGUCGAAGCCUGAGUUCAAAAUCGAAAAAGGGCGUUACCUUUGGACCUCCGCUGUCUCCCGAGGUCUUCGAUGAAACUCUUCCGAUCAAUUCACCCGUAGUACGGGGCAGGCAAGUGCUGCUCUCAAGGGAAGUCGGAAAGCGGUCCAUUCUUAAAUCGCAGGAACAUUUACGACGGGAAGCGGAAGAGGCGUUGAGAGUCGCCAGCGAACUCGCCCAAACCAGUGAGUCUGAGCCUGUUCUUCAAGAUCCGGGAAAGCAUGGAAACACCAGAGAAACUGGUAAUGCUGGGGAGGCAGAAGAGGAUAAGAACUCGGAUAUUGAGAAUGGCGAUGUGGAUACCUUGGCAUUCCAAUCCAUUCCUUCUAUUUCAGAAAUAGUGGAAAAUGAUGGUGGAGAUGGGAAAGUGCCGGUCACCUCAGACGCCAUUGAGUCGACAAAGCAGAGGGAUGGAGAGAAUGGAGAGUUUGGCGUUGCUCAAAUUGAAACCGAGCCUUCUGCUGGUGCCGCACACGUCGCCGCGACAGUUUCGGAAAGCAGAAAGAGUAGUAGAAGGAAGAAAUCCACUGAUAGGAUCAAACCUGAUGACGUGCAGGAAGGUAGUGAAACCCUCGCAGUGGAAGCCCAGCCUCCACCAUCUAGCCCUGCUGAAAGUGCCGAAGAGCCCUCCGACAAUAAGAGACGCGGCCGAAAGCGGGGUUCCGCGAAGACCGCGAAGCCAAAGACUGAGCUUAGCGGGACUGAAGGAUCCGCGCUGGAUAUUAUCACAGAGCAAGGAGCUCCGUCCAUGCCUACUGAUGCCAUCGAACUGCCUAAACCGGAGAAGGGUGAUCGAUUGCCGGCGGUUGUCACCAUCACGGAAGACGAGCAGAGCUCCAAAACUGAGAUUUCUGUCGCCGAUGUAACUGAUGGAGUUGAGUCUACCACUGAGGACCAGAUUGAAUUCGAAAAAAGUGGUAUACUGGUCACGGACGAGAAUAUAAGCUCGCGAGCCGAGACCGAGACUCCCGCAACAGAAGAUCCGACAGCUGAAUCAGCAGCUGAUGUGCAACCAGGUCCAUUGACCAUUGAAGGAACCCCUAAAGUCAAAAGACGAGGCCGACCUCCAAAAGUUACCAAGAGCACGCAAAUCGACGUGACUGAGACCCCUGCAACAAAAGAUGCGACGAUUGAAUCACCAAAACCUGUGGAUACACCAGCCGUUGGUGAAAAAGGUCGGGGCAGUAAAAGAAGCCACCCUCCAAAGGUUGUCAACGAUACGGAGGAGGAUACGAGUGCAGGGGCCGUGCCAGACGAUGUCAUAGUUAAAACUGCGGACAUCAUAGGUACAGCAGGUCUCGGUGACAACGCUCAGGUCAGAAAGCGAGGCCGGCCACCAAAGGUGACCAGGAAUACGACGGAGGACAUAAACUCAGCGUCGAAGGAUACGAUCGCUGAAGUCCGCAUCGAGGCGACGGAUGCAUCAACCAAUGAUGAGAAGACUCCAGUUAGAAGGAGAGGUCGACCUCCCAAGGUUGCCAAAAACACGACAGAGGACAUGAAUUCACCGGCUGAGGCACCUGCAAUUAAAGCUGCGACGGCUGAAGCUCCUGAAUCCUUGAGUAAGUCGACUCUCAAUGACAAGACUCAGGUCAGAAAAAGAGGUCGACCUCGAAAGGCUGCCACGGAUAUGAAGGAGGACACUUGCACCGGAGCUGAAACUCGGACCGAAGAUGUGACUGAUCCAUCAGUAAAUUCGCCGCAACCACAUGCGGAAACUGCUGAUGAGCAGCGUGAAGUUGAAGGAAGAGGUCGGACGGAUAGCCCGCAGGCGACAACACUUGGCCCUCAAGCUGCUCAAGAAGAGACGGCCGCAGCAGAAAGUUCAACCACCGAUUCUGUGCUCUCAGCUUCCGUAGAAACCCGUAGCGAGCCACCUCAACCAAGAAAGAGUAGAAGAGGCGCUGCGAGAGCGAGAAAGGAGGAGACCACUGAUGUGCACUCAGUGGAUGCGGUAUUAAAGGAUCAGGCACGCUCCACUGAAGUGGUCGUUGAGCAGGAAGGAGAUGAUGAAACGAAGGGUGAGGCAAAGGGCAAUGCCAACAUCGAAACGGAACAGAAUAUGAGCGUGGAGACUGCGAACGCGAUGGUACAGGAACUGGAAGUUAAAGAUGCUACUGAUCAAGUGAUUGAACAGCCUAAAGUUGGAAGACGUGGAAGAAGGAGAAGCAUGAACAAAGGAAAGCAGGGUAGCAGUCAUACCGACACUGGAACUACUCGAGUUCCAGUAACAGAUGAACAGCCUACCGUCCCUACCUCGACAGAGACGGUGGCUGAACACGCGGAGGACACAGAUAGGAAAGCUGCCAACGCCAAGAGCAAGGAACUCGCAAAAGAGGCGAACCUUGAACCAGUUGUUGAGAUACCUUCCGUCGAAGACUCUGCUGAGCAACCCGUUGAUGCACAAGGUAUCGGGAAACGACGUCGAGGCCGGGCCGCCGCAAAGGCCCAGAAGAACAGAGAGACGAGCAAUGACGCAGAUCUUGAACACGCAUCGAUCGAAUGCGAAGAUCACGAAACCACACCAGCAGACCCAACUGAUUCGCAACCGGCACCCAAAGCUAAGUCGCGGGGAAGGGCGGUUGCAAAAAAGUCCGAAGAUGUGAAAAAGGAAGAGGCCAGAAAAGAAGACGUAGAAGCUCUUUCGUUAGAGUCGGGAGAGUCAGCCCCGCCGUCCACUACGGCAGAAGUUGUUCAGCAAGACACUGAAGUUGAAGGAAAGGUGCGCGGUAUGCGCAAUGCCAAAGCUAGGCAACCUAAACAACAAGAAGCGGUGGAAGCAGAGGCCGCGGACGGGUUGCAGCAAAGCACUGUGGAGUCUGUACCAUCCGGCUCCACCACUGAAGAUCAUCAGCCGGUGGCUGUUAGACGGAAGAGGGGAAGAGCUGCUUCGAAGGCGAAAACCCUAAUGGAAGAGAGCGCAGCAGUUGAAAACUCUACACCCGUCGAUACUCAUGCAACGGAUGUGACAAUCGAGCCAGUGCCGCCGUCCAUUGUUCCAGAGGCCGAAGAGAAACCAUCCGAUGCUAGUGUAAAGGUCCGGACUAGAGCGGGUGGAAAAAGAACCAAGACCAAGGAAGGCAAGAGCGAGGACAAGACAAUCCCAAAUGUCGAUGAUGCUCCAGAAUUUGUAGAAGCACAAGCUCCAUCUACCCCAUCAGAGAUGACCAAAAAGCUUAGAGGUAGACCCGCGGCCAAAACCAAAGCCGCUGUGGAAGACUUCGGCGAGAAUAAUCCAAGUGAGGACGUUGCAGCGGAAGAGCCGAUGCCAAUUCCGACACCUGCCGAUGUGGAACCUGAGCGUGCAAGAAGGGGCAGAAGAAGGGCUGCUGCUACAGAGAACAAGGCUGCAAGCGAGCAGGAGAAAGACCUCAAAGAGAAUCCAUCAACUCAGGCUGACACUGAAACUCAGCCUGAAGUUGAGGUUAAGGGUAAAGGCAGGGCGGUUACCAGAGCCAGAAAGGCAAUGGAGGAAAGAACAGAUGAAAAUGCGCUGGCUGAGGCCGAGCCUAUAGACCAACCGUCAAUAGAACAAACCUCGCGAAAAGGCGGUUUACGACGGGCAGCUGCAAAGACCAAGACGGACAACAAACAAGUAGCAGAAGCUGAUACAAAAGAGGCACCUGUGGAUGACGUCCCAGAUGGGAAGCGAACGACCAAGGGCGUCACCUCGAGAGCAAAGCAGCAAACGAGAGCAUCAACCAAGGAAAAUCAUGACCCAAAAGCUGACACUGAAAGCAACGCGGACAGCAAACCCAUAUCAAUUCCGACAGAAUCUUUUUAUGGGGCUGCUGAAGAAAAGAAAGUAACCAGAGCUACUGCGGCAAGACGGAAGAAAGCCGCGAAGUAAUUAUUUUUUGUAAACUGCCAAAGUGGGAGCCUUCCUUUGUAGUAGGCACUGGCCAUUUUUGGUAUCUCUUCCUAAACUACCGACAUGUGAUGUAUAUAACAUAGUUUUUCUUUUGUCGAGGUGCUUUUGCAUGUGAUCAGGACAAAUUGAUCGUUGGAUUGGAAUUAUGCCUCGGUGACCUGCUAUAUAGUAAUCGGAAUAGCUAGAUUAGACUUUGCCGUGACGCAGUCAAAGUCCCAUAGCUGACGAGAUACGAACGCUGCAUAUUCGCAGCAGAUCUGCCCACAGUUGCGCUUCCGGUGUGAUAGCCUCUGCAAGCUAGUCAAU